UUAUCGUUACAGUUAAUAAGUCUGAACGCAGAUGUAUUGCCCCAAUACCGUCAGGAAGCGCCCAAAACACCGCCACAUAUUCUCCUUCAUUACUGCGCCUUCAAAGCUAUUUGGGAUUGGGUGAUCCUAUGCCUGACCUUCUAUACGGCUAUAAUGGUUCCCUAUAACGUCGCCUUCAAGAAUAAAACAUCCGAAGACGUCACUCUUCUGGUGCUCGACAGUAUAGUAGAUGUGAUAUUCUUUAUCGAUAUUGUGCUCAACUUUCACACAACAUUUGUGGGCCCGGGAGGAGAGGUAGUGUCAGAUCCGAAGAUAAUUAGGAUGAAUUACUUAAGGAGUUGGUUCAUCAUUGAUCUGCUGUCGUGUCUGCCCUACGAUAUAUUCAAUGCCUUCGACCACUCGGAUAAUGGCAUCGGCAGCCUAUUCAGUGCUUUAAAGGUUGUGCGUCUCCUCAGACUGGGAAGAGUUGUACGAAAACUUGAUCGAUAUCUUGAAUACGGUGCUGCGAUGCUGAUACUUUUGUUAUGUUUUUAUAUGCUUGUGGCCCAUUGGUUGGCCUGUAUAUGGUAUAGCAUAGGCCGCAGUGAUUCGGAAAAUAAUCUCACAUAUAGUUGGCUCUGGAAACUGGGAAACGUAACUCAGAUCCCUUUCCACUUUCGACCGAACAAUUCUUCGCAACGAAUCGAGUUAGAGGGCGGACCCGAGAGGCAGACUAUGUAUAUAACAUCGUUGUAUUUUACCAUGACUUGUAUGACAAGCGUUGGCUUCGGUAAUGUGGCGCCAGAAACGGACAACGAAAAAGUGUUCACCAUUUGCAUGAUGGUUAUUGGAGCCCUGUUAUACGCGACAAUCUUCGGUCACGUGACGACAAUCAUCCAGCAGAUGACGAGUGCGACCGCCAAAUACCACGAUAUGUUGAAUAAUGUGCGAGAAUUCAUGAAAUUGCAUGAAUUGCCAAAAGCUCUGAGCGAACGUGUCAUGGAUUACGUGGUCUCGACGUGGGCUAUGAGUAAAGGCAUCGACACGAAGAAAGUGCUCAGCUAUUGCCCCAAAGACAUGACGGCCGACAUAUGCGUCCAUCUGAACCGUAAGGUCUUCAACGAACACCCGGCCUUCCGACUCGCCUCCGACGGGUGUCUGCGAGCGAUGGCGAUGUACUUCAGUAUGGAUCACAGCGCCCCCGGAGACCUGCUCUAUCACGUCGGCGAGUCCAUCGACUCCCUCUGCUUUGUCAUAUCGGGCUCUCUCGAAGUCAUACAAGACGACGAAGUGGUGGCCAUAUUAGGAAAGGGCGACGUUUUUGGCGAUGCCUUCUGGAAGGAGCCGACGAUUGGCCAGUCGUGCGCUAACGUCCGGGCGCUUACAUAUUGCGAUUUACACGCAAUUAAAAGGGAUAAACUCAUUGAAGUGCUUAACUUUUAUCAGGCGUUCGCCAACUCUUUUGCCAGAAAUCUAGUCCUCACUUACAAUCUCAGGCAUCGGUUAAUAUUUAGAAAAGUGGCGGACAUUAAAAGGGAACAGGAGUUGGCGGAGAGGCGUAAGAACGAUCCGGUGCCUGAUUUGGCUCAGGAUCAUUUAGUUAGGAAAAUAUUCUCCAAAUUCCGUAAGCCAUCGGAUAGUGGUGUGCCUCAAGUGCUGAGUCGUCCGGGUUCUAGUCUAACCCAUACGCCCGCCAUUCAAGACCUCGAGAGGGGAGAAAUGCCUCAGACUUUACAAACGCACGAAACACCGAAACCAAAGCUUUCGAUCGGUUCAGAACCGACGUCGAGGGCCAGCACUGGCGGCAGUCGGGGCUCCAAAUGGGCGGCCGCCCUCUCCAACGCCACCACUAAUAAUAAUAAUAAUAAUAAUAACAACAAUUCGGUGGUUGUGUCGGCACAACAACCGCAACCACCGCCACAGACAUAUGAUACGGCUACAAGUGAUAUGAAUAAACAUCGAGAUAUCGUGAAAACAUCUGAUUUUCAAGACAAUGAAUUAAUGGACAAACAGAUGUCCGAUAGAGACGAUCAAAAUUUAGGAGCCAUUCGUCGAACAGAAUUAGUUUGCAAAAAGUCAGAACAUAUUCAUGUAGUGAAAGACAUACGACCGCCCACUCAGGGCAACAAAUGGCCGCGAGUGGCCACCGGUGGCAGUGCCCGACCCGAGACCAUCGAAGAGUCUACUGAACCCCAGGACAGUGAAGGCAAACGGGUGUCUCAGUUGUCUCAGUUGGCCAUUGAAGGCGACCCGACGGCCGUCAAAACAGUGAGUGAAUCGACAAAAGUAGUGAUUCAACCGAAAAGCAUCAAUAGUUCAGAUUAUCAACAGAUCAUCGCUUCGCUCAUCGAUAUGAGAGUCGACUUAAAACUUGAAAUACAAAAAUUAAGUAAUAAAGUGAGUAAAAUCGAUGAUCACAUCUCUGAUAUUGUGAAAAAACUUUCCGCCUUUAAUCUCAAAACUGAUGACAAUUUGAAUACAACGUCGACCGCCGGCACCGCCGGUGAUAACAAAGCGACGAAACCCGUGUCUGUGAUCUCUAAUAAAAACAAUGACUUUUUCGAUGAAAACGAAGAAAACAGAUUACAAGAGGAAAGUAAUGUGAAGAGUAAUAGGAGUAAAGUGGAGGUUAAGGAUAGCAAAAGUGCCGAUAAAAGUGGUCAUAGAGAUAGAGUACCAUCUCAUCGACCCAUUCCGUCAGUGCCCGUGAGAACUAUUAACUCAAGUAGUCAUAGAAAAUCUGAUAAAUUACAAAAACAAGUGUCCGAUAACUCCAACACUGAAACCGACGAAAUGCGAGCGAUGCUCGAGAAUGAGAUCGCAGAACAAGACAUCGACAACACCGAUGAUGACCAGGACCUCACUUUAUUACUUAAUUUUUGUAUUUCAAGUUUUAAGUCGACUCUCAUAUCGAUGAGCGAAGCGAUGAUCUGUUGA